AUGGAUCAGGGCGGUGCCGCGUUCUCGCCGUCGGUCCUCGUGCUGCGCAUCCGAAUUUCCGGUUGCCUUCGCAAGCCCCCCGCAGGACGCCUAUAUUUCCAGGCAAUGAUGAUCGUCACCAGCGACAACGUUGCGAACAUUGACAGCAAGGCCAAUCUAGGCCAGACUCCGACGCCCGAUAUACAUCCCCCUCCUCCUCCUUACACUAGCGCAACCGCUGCAGAAUCUUCAUCGCGAGCACCGCCAGAACACCGUUCGGGCCAGGAUCUUCCCUAUCCCUACGAUGUCCCCCCGCUCCUUACCCAGCGACCCUGCAACUGGCUAUAUGCCUACAAUGCCAACAGCCGCAUCAAAGACCGAUAUAUCCUGGACCCGUCGCUGAAGGUCCCUAGUUCACUCAUGUCAGAAGCGGCGGCGGAGGUGCAGGAGGCGGAGAGGGACACGCUGAAUUUGAGGUCGGAUACCGGGUCGGUUGAUGUGGUUGCGAGGAUCGUUGACAGUAGCGGAGGUGGGAAUGGUGCAAAGAAGAGGAGAGUUCGGAUCACGCUCCACUCGACUCACGGUUCUGUUACAGGGAAGAUUUUGUCCGUUUCCGGCUCUCCGCCUGCUAAAUUCCAACUCACAGCGACAUCCCACACCGGGGGCGUCUACAUCCACAUUCCCCGUUCGUUCCACGGCCUCAUAUCCGCGUCUACGACGCAUGGCUCCAUACAAUUCUCCGACGAACUCGCGAAGAACACUACCACGUUUGCUGAUGGGCAGAAGAAGAAAUGCUUCGUCGGCGAUUUCGCAGGGUACCCUGAUGAUGAUGGCGACGACGAUAGAGAGAAAAAGGAGGAAUGGGACGAGUUGAGCCUAGAGAGUCAGUAUGGGGCAGUGAGGGUAUACUAUGCGGACGAAUGGGAGGCUAAACAGAGGGAGAAGGCGGCGAAAGAGAGAGAGAGGGAAGAGAGGAGGAAGAUGAACGAGGGAAAGAGUUUCUUCAGCAGGAUCUUUGGUAUUUCCUAA